CGUAAGAUGGGAAAAUGCGUGGACGGGCAGCAGUGGGUGAGUGAGGUGGUGGUGUCGCAGCUGGUGGGCAUGGGCUUCCAGAGGGAGUUGGCCGUCGAGGCGGCAAGAAACAGCAAUAAUGUCAUUCAGGAGGCCAUCACGCUCAUCAACGAGCAGCCACAUGUGCUCACGCAACAGCUCAUGCGCACGCUGUUGCACAAGAUAACUGAUCUGGGAUUUCUAUCGACAAUGGCUAAGCUUGCUCUGAGAAAAAACAAUUUCAAUGUGGAGAGAGCAAUUGAGGAGUUGACUGUCUGUAAUGGCUAUAUUGAAGGCGAAGUUUCUGACGAGGACAUACCUUCCACAAGUACAGGCAAAACAUUGAAAGACGCAGGCAAGAUUCUUAAAAGAGAAAAUGAAGCUUUCAGUAGAAUCAGAGAAGACAUAAACGAGACUGGAGUUGAUGAUUAUUUGGAUUCAACUCUCGAAGAAGAAGAACGCUUUCUUCUCCGUUAUCUGUCUAUUCUUCAAUCGUGAAUAAGCGCUCACAAAAAUCAUCCUGCUACCUCAACUACUUAAAUUCGAGUACCUUAAUUCCCCAGUGAUGUGUGUAAAGAUGAAAAAUCUUAAUUUUAAAAGUUGAGACUUUCUUUAAAUCACUUGAAAAUUGAUAUUUUGUGAUUUUCUAUUAACUUAUAAGAGUACAUUACUAACAGCUGUGAUGAAAAAAUGUUUGUUUUUGAUUCGUGUGACAUUUAAUUGGCGGCAACACCCAUAACUACAUCAAAGUUUGACUUUAUCUGAAAUUUGUUAAUAAAAAUUGUUUAUUUAUAGUUCUACAUUA